GCCAGACAUACUAAUAUAUUUUCGAUAAGACCGGAAAAAAAUUUUGCAAUAAAAAUAAACCAGAGCUCCCGGCGCGACUUGUAGUCUACAUUAGAAAGUCGAAACAGUUUGCAAACAUGUUCUGAACUGGCCGUGAAUUACCUGCAAGGCAACAUCAGGCGUUGCUUAUAUCAAACUCCCGCCGCCCACUCGCCGGUCGCGUGUUUUUCCGUUUUAGAUUAAACUACUUUAAAUUUCGAGAGCAGCCACCAUGAAGAAAAUGCAGACGCUACUGAGGCGAUGGAUGGAUCACAAAUACCUGACCGCAGAUCAAAUCACUGGGUUUGACAACUACAAGUACAGUGCCAUCGACACUUCACCGCUGAGUCAGUAUGUUAUGCAUCCCUUCUGGGAUUGGCUAGUCAAGUUCUUCCCGCGAUGGUUUGCGCCCAACCUGAUGACGUUCCUGGGCUUCCUGUUUGGCGCCAUGAACCUGGUGCUUCUUUCAUACUAUGACUGGAACUUCGAGGCCAGUUCCGGCGAUGAGGGUACCACUCCGAUUCCUUCAUGGGUCUGGAUGUGUACUGGGAUCAACAUUUUUGUGGCCUACACGUUGGACGGUAUCGAUGGCAAGCAGGCUCGACGCAUCGGACUCUCCGGCCCGCUGGGCGAGCUCUUCGACCAUGGUUUGGACUCAUACACGGCCAUGCUGAUCCCAACGUGCCUGUACAGCAUUUUCGGUAGAAGCCGAGUUUACUCGGUGCGACCGAUGCGGAUGUACUACGUCUGUCUAACGGUUUACUUCAACUUCUUUGUGUCGCACUGGGAGAAGUACAACACCGGAAUUCUAUACCUGCCCUGGGGCUAUGAUUUGAGCAUGUGGGGUAGCACGGCCAUGUACCUUGUCACCUGGUGGAUGGGCUUCGAACGCUGGAAAUUCGAAUUACCGUUGGGCUCCUAUGGAACACUGCCAUUGGGAAAUGUUAUGGAGGCGGUUCUGCAUAUUAGCGCCAUGGCUAAUCUUCCGUUGGUGGUCCUCAAUGUUUACAACUCAUAUGUGCAUCGCACCGGUCGUCUACUGCCUUUCUGGGAAGCAGUCCGGCCUGCAUGGCCCUUCCUCACCUACUUUAUUAUCCUACUAGCGUGGCCAUUUUUAUCGCCAAAUGACAUUAUGGAAACCGAUCCACGUGCUAUUUUUAUGCUCAGUGGCACUAUUUUCUCCAACGUCAGUUGCCGCCUGAUUGUGUCCCAAAUGUCGGUGACGAGAUGCGAUGCCUGGCACUGGCAAAUGCCCAUGUACGCUUUCUCAUUAUUUGUCAGCCUCUGGAUCCCGUUUUUGGAAAGACCUCUGCUGUAUAUGCUCCUGAUAGUGACGACUCUGAGCCACUGGCAUUAUGGAUCCAGUGUGGUCAACCAGAUGUGUGAACAUUUCAAUCGAGUGUGCUUCACAGUACACAAGCGGGUGCCGGAGGAACAGUCGCCAAAGCAAAAGACUCCAUUGGGACAAGACCAAAGAAAUAUGCAGGAACAGGAGGUCGAACAAACUGCAAAGAAACAGGAUUAGGCCGCUGGCAAAAAGGACAUCGUCAGUUUUUUAUGUGCAUGCUUUUAUCGGACAUGGCGCUAUUAUCGUUUUAGCCGCGUGCUAUUUUCCACGUUCUUCUAUCAUCAUGGAGGCUGUUUAGUUAAAUUAUUCUUGUGAGAUUAUGUAUAAUUUGUAAUAGUUAGAAUAUACUUCAACAGUAAUUAUACUAGUUAUACAGUAAUAAUGGACUUUCCCCAAUGACUAUUUACGAAAUGCUCUCUUCCAAUGAUAAUUCAUUAACUUGACUACGUUAUUUGUAUUGAACUUAAAAGCUAAAGACCCGUCGUAGAUCAAAUGCAUGUACAAGUCAUGACAAGUGAUAUUAUCUGUUUCAAAGAUAUCACAUUAGUAUC